UGUUGCUCUCCACAACUUAAACUCACUCAAAAUCCUAAAACACACACAAAACAAAAUAAAACAAAAACAAAAAAAAUAUGAAGAAGCCUUCGGUGACCUCUUUUCUCAUUACUCUCCUCUUGUCUGCAGCUGUCUGCGCCCACGGCACUACAGAAUCCAACGGAAAUCCAGUUAAGGUCGGGGAAAAAUACUUCAUGCAGCCGGUUAAGACAGAGCAUAACAAUGGAGGCGGUCUUGUUCCAGCCGCCACUAACAUACUUCCGUCUUGUCCACUUGGCAUCACCCAAACACGUCUUCCGUACCAACAGGGCAUUCCCGUUACCUUCCGAUAUACAGAAACUAUCGACAGAGACUUCAUUACCACAAACACCUCUAUAAACAUCGAGUUCAGGUCCGACAUCUGGCCAGUCUGCAACGAGUUCUCCAAGUUAUGGGCAGUCGAUGACUCCUCAUCUGCCAAGGAGUCUGCCAUUAUCAUCGGUGGUAAACACAAGAGCCCAAAUAGCGCGUUUAAGAUACAGAAUGUUACUGUAGAAGAACACACUUAUAAGUUGACCACCUCGUACGGAACCGUUGGAACUACCCCAGGGGCUUGGUUAAGUGCACCGCAGCUACUUGUCACCAAUGAUGAGUCUAAGACCUUAGUCGUCAAGUUCGUGAAGGCUGAUGAUGCUAAUAAGGCUACUACUAGUGCUACUUCUCGUGUUGAAAAGUUAGGUCUAAGGAUGUUCCCAUUCUACUAGUCAAGAUCAAGAUCAUGAAAAAAAUCUUGAGACUCGUCCAUGGCCAUGAUUAAAUGGGUUGAGAUAUAAUACCCGCAUGUAUAUAUGUGAACUCGUCUUUACUUUCAUAAAAAAAAAUCAUAUGAAUUUGUGUGUUUUCAACGCUUUAUGUAAAUAUACCCGCACGUAUGUAUAUGAACUAGUCUUUACUUUCAUAAUAAAUCAAAUAAGUUUGUGUGUU